AAGAGUGAGACGUCUCAGCGCCUGCUUCAUUACUGGGUAGCAGAUAUUCCAGUGUGUAAGAGAACCUAACUGCAUUCUUCCGGUGAAAACCCCUUGAUCAGGAACAAUGUAAACAGCAGCAGUUCAAGCUCCUCUCUCUUCUUUCCACCUGCUUGCUUGAACACUGAUCUAAGGGACUACUUCUAGAGUGACUACUUCUAGAGUGAACGGGAGCUGUGACCAGGCACACCUGCUCUCCAUCAAUCUCUGACUACUGGAAUGGCCCCCUAAGUCUGCCGUGCAUUGUGCCGUGCCCAGAAUUUGUACCUGGCCAGACUCAGGAUCAGAGAGCGGCAGAGUGAUAUAAAGCAGACUUUCUCUCCUGUGCUGCUCUGCAAAGUCCAGCCAGAUCGGAGAAUCUGGAUCAAGACACAAUAUACCGGUUCCUCACAUUGAAUGAUGGCACUUCUUAGACCUCCUGCGUAGCUGCAAAGUUUCCAAACAGGUUUCAUUCCCCUUCACCAAUACUUCAAAGCACAGAGGAGUUGGUACAGGCAUUGCCAUGAAACCUAACUUGAAGCAAUGGAAACAACUAAUGCUGUUUGGGCUGUUUGCAUGGGGUCUCCUUUUCUUGGCGAUCUUCAUCUAUUUUACAGAUAGCAACAGUGCUGAACCAGUUCCGAGUUCCUUCUCUUACAUUGAGACAAAGAGGCUCCUGCCCAUCCAGGGAAAGCAUAGAGUUAUUAUGGGAGCAAUACAUGAUCCAUCAUUCUCUGAAACCAUAGAUAGGGACGAGGCGCUUCUUAAUGAAGAUCUCUUAGGUUCAUUUAAAUCGGGGACUGGGAGCGUUAAAAAGUGGAUUGAUCUCGAGGAUGGCUUUGAAAACGAAGAAGAGUUUUUUCCUUCCCAGAUGGGGACAAAAUCAAAAGGUGCUUUCUAUCAAGGGGAUGACAACUAUUUAUUUGCUGGGGGGCCCUCUCAGCAGCACAGCAACUUUCAAGAAUUAGUGAAAUUCAUCUCUGUCAAUGAGGCUGAUCAAAAGAGAAACGUUUUACAGGCAAAAUGGACCCACGAGAAAAGGACAAGGAAAAGAAACCCAGCCCACAGGAGAAGCCCAAUGUUUGAUGAGCCUGAUGACUGGGACGGGUUAUAUUCCACAAUGUCAAAAUCCUUCCUGUACAGGCUUUGGAAAGGGGAUGUCUCUUCCAAGAUGUUGAAUCCUCGCCUGCAGAAAGCCAUGAAAGACUACCUGAACACCAAUAAGCACGGGGUGCGGUUCAAAGGGAAACGGAACUCCAGGUUGACAGGAGAGCAGCUAAUCUGUGAGCUCAAGGGCAGGGUGAAUGUGAAAACAAUAGAUGGCAAGGAGGCUCCCUUUUCUGCGCUUGGAUGGGAAAAGCACGUUCCUCAAAUUCCACUGGGCAAACUGUAUCCGCAUGGCUUCGGGAGCUGUGCCGUGGUUAUGUCUGCUGGUGCAAUACUGAACUCUUCUCUAGGGGAUGAAAUAGAUUCUCACGAUGCUGUUCUGAGAUUUAAUUCUGCUCCUACACGUGGCUAUGAAAAAGACGUUGGAAAUAAAACAACUAUGCGCAUCAUCAACUCCCAGAUUCUCACCAAUCCAAAUCAUCACUUCAUUGACAGUUCGUUAUAUAAAGAUGUGAUUUUAGUGGCCUGGGAUCCUGCUCCUUACUCUGCAAAUCUGAAUGUGUGGUAUAAGAAGCCAGACUAUAACCUGUUCACGCCUUACGUGCAGCAUCGCAGAAGGAAUCCAAACCAGCCAUUUUACAUUCUCCAUCCCAAGUUUAUAUGGCAACUCUGGGACAUCAUUCAGGAGAACACUCAGGAGAAGAUACAGCCCAACCCACCUUCAUCAGGUUUCAUUGCUGCGGGAAGAAAGAAUGGAGUGUCAUCACCAACUUAGAAUUUUAUUGGCUUUUUAGUUUCUGUUGCUAGUUUUAAAAGAUUUUUUUUAUUGGAUUGUGAGGAUUUCUUGACAGGUUUUAUACUGUCAGUUUUGUUAAUGGGAUCAGAAGUUACAGAGGGAAAACAGCUAUUCAGUCAUAGUGUAUUUCUCUUGCCAGUAUGUACUCUCCAGUGACUUAAUCUUCUCCUUACAUAAGGUUGGUUAGAUGCAUUGUACUGUAAAGUAUUCUGAACUGCAGACGCUACAUAAAUUAAAAAAACAUCACUAAUUAUUUUAUUGUCAUUUUUAUUGUUCUUUACAACAGGUUUUUAAAGGCUGGAAAAUAGAAUUUAACAGUUAGCUCUGUUUACAUUUUUAAAAACAGCUAAUACUUGUCCCUUCUGUAAAGCUUUGUCUUUGCUUUCAUGUAUGUUCACGAGAAUGAAUCACGGUAUUGUUCUUUUCUAGUCUUUUAAUCAGCUGCUAUUGGAAUCAGAAGGACACUGGAAAAGUCGUGGAAUUCUUUCUAAAAUGUCUUAAUAGUGCAAUAAGAAUUGAGGAAAUGCUUUCAAUAUCUAUUCACACUUCCAAAAGCUAUCUCAACCCAGCUUGUAUUUGAGUGCAUGUUACUUUUCAAGGAAUUGUUCACAUGAGAGAUUUUUCAUGCCAUACCUAAUUUGUGCAGAACAGAGAUACAGAAGAGUCUCAAUUUUCAAACCUUCGUUUAUCCAACAUUCCAUUUUAUCCGACAUGCUGCCCGUCACAGCAAGGGGCUCCAGGAAAGCUUCACACCACAAUGGCCCUGCUUUUCCCUUUCCCUUUUCUAGGGUUGGGCGGGAGCCUUGGUUGGCAGGUCUGCAGCGCCCUCUUGUGGCUUAUGAAUUUGCCAUUGGCAAUGUUGCUUUUUUCUGUUUCUGGGGAAAGUGGCGAGCGCCUUGCCCUGCGUCAUAGCUCAGGCAAUCCACACACAGCUCUGGAAAAUCAUCGCUGGGGAACGUGGCGUGGCGCAGGGCGAGGGCUGCACUCCCGCUGCAAGGCAGAGCCCCGGAUCUUACUCCCAUUUGGGGAGAAAUACAAGGGCUGGUCAAAGCGGCAGAUUCAGGAGGUUUAGAACUGGAUCCCGCAAGGUAUUACAAAGGGCAAAUGUAUAAAAUUAAAAGAAUUAUAGGUAUUAUCCAACAUUUCUGCUAUCUGACCAUCCUCCAGUCCCGUUUAGGUUGGAGAAUUGAGACUCUAUUGUAUGUGUGAUUUAUUCAAGAAAUUGUGUUUGCAUGUGUAAAUUUGAUUAUUUGUUUACACAAGUGAUAAUGUUUAUAUAUAGGAGUACAUUUUGCAUAUUGGCCAAUGAAGGAUAAUGGAAAUCAUUAUGUAUUCAGUAGGUAGCAUAGGUUUACAAAAAUGAAUAAAUACAUUGACAGCAUAAUUAAAAUAGUAAAUGUGAAUUCAUUACAAUAUCAGUGCUCACGUAAAUCUUACAAAAUUCAGGUAGAUGAGGGAAAAGCAGUGUAAAUAGUAUGGAAAGUAGAAGAAGGACAAAGUGUGCCUCUCAGUCUUUUGCUAAACUCUUCCCUCCCCUCCACUCAAUGGCUUGGAUAAUGAGCACUUCCCACGUGUCCCUUAUUCUUUGGCUGGUGGUGCAGGGAGCAAAUCCCUUCUCUGCCCUGUCCCUUCACAUCUACUUUAGGCCCGGCAGUAUAUAUCUGGCUGCUUGUCCCAGAGAGUUCAACCCCAGGAACACAGACAAACAUGCCAUACCAGACUAAUAGUUGCAACAAACAUGGAAAGAAAGAUAUCUGGGUCAUCAAUCCCCUAAAGAGAUUGACCUGCACCUAGAAAUAAAUUGAUAUUAGCAAGGCAGGGUGCAGAAUACGAAAAAAUAACCACAUGCAAAUAUGGCACUGCUAUAAGUUCUAAGGAAGGAAAUGAAUGCUGUAGGGCAAAGGGGUAUAACUGGGAAUAGCUGAGUGAAAUUAAAAAAGGAAAAUCAGGGUGAAUAUCAAGAAAAUCCGGAGUUUUUCAGGUGAAGGGAAAGAAGGAAACCUCCAUCACUCACUUUUAUAUGUAUAAAGGACCAAAACACGAGUAAAGAACAGUCCGGCGAUGGAAAGGGAUAAACUAGAUGCAUGCAUGCAUCCUUAAUGGAGGUUGACUCUUGGAAACACUGUUCAUCAGAUUAUAAAGAUUUAAACCUUCACUGCUUUUCAGUUCUCCAUUAAAUAAUUUAUUUAUAUCUGGAAGAUCACCUGAAUUUUUUUUUUUUU